AUGGACUACAAUCUCACCUCCUUCUCCGCCGCCGCCGCCGUCGACACCAACCUCCCGCCGGGCUUCCGCUUCCACCCCACCGACGAGGAGCUCAUCACUUACUACCUCCUCAAGAAAGUCCUCGACAGCACCUUCACCGGCCGUGCCAUUGCCGAGGUUGACCUCAACAAGUGCGAGCCCUGGGAGCUCCCCGAGAAGGCGAAGAUGGGGGAGAAGGAGUGGUACUUCUUCAGUCUCCGGGACCGGAAGUACCCGACCGGUCUGCGGACGAACCGGGCGACGGAAGCCGGAUACUGGAAAGCCACCGGAAAAGACAGGGAAAUUUACAGUGUCAAGACUUGUUCACUUGUGGGGAUGAAGAAGACAUUGGUUUUCUAUAGAGGGAGAGCUCCAAAAGGCGAAAAGAGCAACUGGGUCAUGCAUGAAUAUCGCUUGGAAGGCAAAUUUGCUUACCAUUACCUCUCCAGAUCCUCCAAGGAUGAGUGGGUGAUUUCGCGGGUGUUUCAGAAGAGUGGCUCCGGCGGCGGCGGGUCGGGCAACGGCGGGUCAAAGAAACCCCGUUUUCUUGCCGGGUCAAUUAACGUUUACCCGGAACCAAGUUCGCCGUCGUCGGUGUCGGUAUCGCUCCCGCCGCUUCUCGAUUCGUCGCUGUACUCCGCUCCGGCGACUGCCACGGCGGGUUCUUGUAACGUAACCGACCGUGACAGCUGCUCGUACAACAGCCCAACCACAAGAGAGCACGUGUCCUGUUUCUCCACCGCCAACGGCAGCAGCAGCAGCAGCUUCAACAUCCCAAGCUACGAUUUUUCCACUCCGCCGCCGCUCCUCGCCGGCGACCCGUCGGCCCGAUUCCCCCGAAACAUCGGCCUCUCGGCGUUCCCAAGUCUCCGGAGCCUGCAGGAGAAUCUCCAGCUUCCGUUCUUCUACUCCCCCGUGAACGUCCCCUCUCCCCCGCCGCCGCCGCACGGCAACAUCUGCUCCUCCACCGACGCCGCCACCGGGAAUUGGGCCGUCUCCGACGAACCCAGAUCGAUGAACUCCACUGAACUUGAUUGCAUGUGGACCUACUGAAGUU